CACUGCAAGUAUGGCCACUGUGUUCCAAGGGAGCGAGAACUGCCUAUGAUAGAUGGGACGUGGGGUACGUGGAGCCCUUUUGGAGCUUGCUCGCGAACUUGUGGUGGAGGAAUUAAGAAUGCUGCUCGAGAGUGCAACAGGCCUGAGCCCAAAAAUGGUGGAAAGUACUGUGUGGGACGAAGAAUGAAGUUUAAAUCCUGCAACACUGACCCGUGUUCUAAGCAAAAGAAAGAUUUCCGGGAUGAGCAGUGUGCAGUCUUCGAUGGGAAGCAUUUUAACAUUAACGGUCUACCUCCUAACGUGCGCUGGGUUCCUAAAUAUAGCGGAAUUUUAAUGAAAGACAGGUGCAAGCUCUUCUGCAGAGUGGCAGGAAACACAGCCUAUUAUCAGCUCAGGGACAGGGUUAUUGAUGGCACCCCUUGUGGCCCAGACACAAAUGACAUCUGUGUUCAAGGACUUUGUCGGCAAGCUGGAUGUGAUCAUGUGCUCAAUUCCAAAGCCAGAAGAGAUAAAUGUGGUGUGUGUGGUGGUGAUAAUUCGUCAUGCAGAACGAUUCAAGGGACAUUCAAUACAGUGCACUAUGGUUAUAACACUGUGGUACGCAUACCAGCUGGUGCUACAAAUAUUGAUGUACGGCAGCAUAGUUACUCAGGGAAACCGGAAGAUGAUAACUACCUUGCAUUGUCAGGUAACGAAGGCUACAUACUAAAUGGAGACUAUGUUGUCAGCAUGUUUAAAAAGGAGAUCAAAGUUGGAAAUGCUGUGAUAGAAUACAGUGGCUCGGACUCUUACAUUGAACGAAUCAAUUCUACAUACCGUAUUGAUCAAGAAAUAGUUCUUCAGGUUUUAUCGGUGGGUAAUUUAUAUAACCCUGAUGUUCGAUACACAUUCAAUAUCCCCAUUGAAGAUAAACCUCAGCAGUUUUAUUGGAAUAUCUAUGGCCCUUGGCAGCCCUGCAGUAAAGUGUGCCAAGGGGAACGAAAAAGGAAACUUAUUUGCACCCGAGAAUCUGACCAACUCAUGGUGUCUGACCAAAGAUGUGUUGGAAUUCCCCAACCUGAUCCAGUGGCUGAGCAGUGUAACACAAACUGUGAAUUAAGGUGGCAUAUUGCCAGAAAGAGUGAAUGCACUGCGCAAUGUGGACUGGGAUACCAAAUGUUGGAGAUUUCCUGCGCAAAGUACAACAAGCUGGAAGGGAAAAUGGAGAAGUUUGAUGAUCAAUACUGCAGCAGCAUCCCCAAGCCAAGCUCAAGGGAGAAAUGUUCAUCAGAAUGCCACACUGGUGGAUGGCGCUAUUCAGCUUGGACAGAAUGUUCAAAGAGCUGUGGAGGUGGCACAAAAAGGCGCCGAGCUGUCUGCAUGAAUACUUUCAACGAUGUUCUGGAAGACAGCAAAUGCAGUCAACAGGAGAAGGUGACGGUUCAGCGCUGCAACGAACUGCCGUGUCCACAGUGGAGAACUGGUGAUUGGUCAGAAUGCUUGGUGACUUGUGGGAAAGGGCACAAACACCGACAAAUUUGGUGCCAGUUUGGAGGCGAACAUAUAAGCGACCGGCUUUGCAAUCCUGACACAAAACCAGAUUCCAUGCAGGCUUGUCAGCAACAGGAAUGUGCCGCGUGGCAAGUGGGACCAUGGGGCCAGUGUACUGCAAUAUGUGGGCAGGGCUACCAAAUGAGAGCUGUGAAAUGUGUGGUCGGUGCCUAUGUCUCUGUGGUAGAUGAUAACGAGUGCAAUGCUGCCACCAAACCAACAGAUACACAGGACUGUGAAACAGCACCCUGUCAUCUUCACCCAAGCAAUCCAGAAACAAAAGAAAGUACACCUGGCAGCCACAGGACACAGUGGAGAUUUGGAUCCUGGACUCCAUGUUCAACUACGUGUGGGAAAGGCACCAGGAUGAGAUAUGUCAGCUGUCGGGAUGAUCAGGGCUCUGUGGCUGAUGAGGCUGCCUGUUUCCAACUUCCGAAGCCGUCAGUGACAGAAGUGUGUACUGUAACACCAUGUGGACGGUGGAAGGCCAUGGAAUGGAGCUCUUGCUCUGUAACCUGUGGGCAAGGUAAAGUGACUCGGCAGGUAGUCUGCAUAGAUUACAAUGACCAGGUUGUUGAAAGGAGUGAAUGUGAUCCUGAGGACAUCCCUGCAACAGAGCAAGAUUGCUCUAUGCCAUCAUGUCAGCAGAUCAACCCUGACUACAACAGGCCGAUCCAUCCUUUCCCUUAUCCUGAUUAUCGCCAGAAUCAUAACCCGGGUGGAAACCUGAACCGAAACCAAGGCCGUGGACAUGUUCAUGGAGGCAGUCAGUGGAGAACUGGACCAUGGGGAGCAUGUUCCAGUACAUGUGCUGGGGGAUUUCAGCGGCGGGUUGUGGUGUGCCAGGAUGAAAAUGGAUAUACUGCUAAUAAUUGUGAUGGAAGAGCAAAACCAGAUGAGCAGAGAUCGUGUGAAUCAGGGCCUUGCCCUCAAUGGGCCUAUGGCAGUUGGGGUGAGUGUACCAAGCCAUGUGGUGGAGGAACCAGAACGAGAUUGGUUGUGUGCCAGCUUCCCAAUGGAGAGAGAUUUACUGAUCUGAGCUGUGAAAUCCUUGACAAGCCACCAGACCGUGAGCAGUGCAAUAUGCAGGACUGCCCUCGUGAGGCUGCCUGGAACACUGGCCCUUGGAGCUCGUGUUCGGUCUCUUGUGGCCGAGGGCAGAGGUACCGAGAUGUUUAUUGCUUGUCGAAGGAUGGGAAGCAUUUGGAAAAUGAUCUUUGUAAGCAUCUGGCUAAACCAAACGUGCAAAAAAAAUGUAGAGGUGGCAGGUGCCCAAAGUGGAAAACAGGAGACUGGGGACAGUGCUCGGUGUCCUGUGGGAGAGGCGUUCAGCAGAGAAGCGUCUACUGCCAUCUGGGCAGUCACAAAACAGUUAGGGAAACCGAAUGCCCAGCUCAAGAAUGCCAAAUGACUGAAUGUACCAUCUACAAAUGGGAAACAGAAGACUGGCAAGAGUGCAGCAAAACAUGUGGGGAAGGGUCCAGGUACCGCAAAGUGAUCUGCGUGGAUCAAAACAGACAAGAAGUGGAUGGGCUUCACUGUGAUCCAAGCAAGAGGCCGCCUGAUGUUGAGAGUUGCAACUUGCCACCAUGCGAGUACAUCUGGAUUACAGGAGAUUGGUCAGAGUGUUCUGUGACAUGUGGAAAAGGCUACAGGCAACGGCUGGUCUCCUGCAGUGAAAUUUACACUGGGAAGGACCAUUACGAGUAUGGUUAUCAGAACACUAUCAACUGCCCUGGCACACAACCACCAAAUGUAGACUCAUGCUACCUGGGUGAAUGUCCAGUUUUGGCAAUGUGGAGAGUUGGAAAUUGGGGAAGUUGCUCAGUGACUUGUGGAAUUGGGGUAAUGCACCGGUCAGUUCAGUGCCUUACAAACGAUGACCAGGCAAGCGAUCUAUGCCUUGAUGAUUUGAAACCUGAAGAGAGAAGAAUGUGCCACAAUAUUCAUGAAUGUGAGUUACCAACAAGCUGCAAGGAAGUAAAAACUCUCAAAGGCAUCAGUGAAGAUGGAGAAUAUUACCUUAAAGUCAAAGGAAGGCUCUUAAAGAUAUAUUGUUCUGGCAUGGAAUCUGACAGACCAAAAGAAUAUGUGACUCUUGUAAACGGUGAAGCAGACAAUUUCUCUGAAGUCUAUAGCUACAGAUUACAUAACCCGACCGAAUGUCCACAUAACGGGAGCAGAAGAGAAGACUGCCAGUGUAGGAAAGACUACACAGCAGCUGGGUUUUCUGCCUUCAGCAGAGUAAGGCUGGACCUGAAUGCUAUGCAAAUAAUAACAACCGAUUUACAGUUUGCACAGACACUUGAUGGACGACCUGUGCCUUUCGCCACUGCUGGGGAUUGCUACAGUGCAGCCAAGUGCCCACAGGGCCGCUUUAGCAUCAACCUUUCUGGAACUGGCCUCUCCCUAACGCAAACUGCAAGAUGGCUUUCCCAAGGGAAUUAUGCUGUUUCAGAAAUUACAAAAUCACCAGAUGGUACCAAAGUAAUAGGGAAAUGUGGUGGUUACUGUGGAAAAUGUACUCCAUCAUCUGGAACUGGCCUCGAUGUCCAAGUGUUGUAGCAAUGGGUCUCUGAACGCCAGGAACUGAAACAAGAUGGAUGAAGGAUAAUUAAGCAAUACCUCUGCCUUCCA